AUGAAACUCUCAGCUCUCGCCGUCGCGACCGCUGCCGCUGGUGCCUGGUCCUACGCCAUUCCUCAGGAGGAGCAGAACGUCUUGGAUUUUCCGAGCCCAGUGGCCGAGGAGCGCACACAUGAGAAAUUCCUGAUAGAGAUCAAUCCGUAUCAGACGAGAUGGGUCACAGAAGAGGAGAAAUGGGCCUUGAAGCUCGACGGUGUGAACUUCAUCGAUAUCACGGAGGAUCGAAAUUACGGAUUAUACCCCACGCUAGAUGCCGGUAUCUACCUCAAUUACCCGCAGCAGAUGGACCAUGUAGACACGGUCAAGGGGCUUAUCGGGACCUUGAACAAGGGCAACAUGCAGAAGGAUCUGGAGAAGUUUACAUCCUUUCACACAAGAUAUUACAAAUCCAAGACUGGCAUCCAAUCUGCGGAGUGGCUACUCGAUCAGGUAUUGAAAGUGAUUCGCGACUCAGGAGCCGAUAAAUGGGGCGCGACGGUUCAGCGAUUCGAACAUUCUUGGGGCCAGUUCAGUAUCAUUGCCCGUAUACCUGGAUUGUCGAACAAGACUGUUGUUCUGGGUGCACACCAAGACAGCAUCAACCUGUUUCUUCCAUCUUUUCUCGGCGCUCCGGGCGCUGACGACGAUGGCAGCGGCACCGUCACAAUCCUUGAGGCGCUGCGUGGCUUGCUAAAGUCCGACGUCAUUGCUCGCGCUCAGGCACCAAACACGAUCGAGUUCCAUUGGUACUCUGCCGAAGAGGGUGGAAUGCUCGGUUCGCAAGCCAUUUUCUCCAAGUAUAAGAAAGAUCAGGCGGAAAUCAAGGCUAUGCUUCAGCAAGAUAUGACUGGAUUUGUUCAGGGCACGAGGGAUGCUGGUCAACAGGAGUCGAUUGGAGUGAUGACCGACUAUGUCGACAACGCGCUCACUACCUUCCUCAAGAACACUAUCACUACCUACUGUGGCAUCCCAUUCACAGAUACCAAGUGCGGAUACGCCUGCUCAGAUCACACCUCGGCGAGCAAGUACGGGUACCCAUCGGCCAUGGCGACGGAAGCGAAGAUGGAGAACACCAACAAGCACAUUCACACCACCGACGACAAGAUCAAGUAUCUGAGUUUUGACCACAUGCUGGAGCAUGCAAAGCUCACCCUUGGGUUUGCCUAUGAGCUUGCUUUUUCUGCGCUUUGA